GCGACUUUCUCACUUUCUACGUACCCGUCUUCCUGGCGAAACACAAGCACCUCCAAGACCCCACAAAGCAUCAUGACAAGUGCUAGCGACUGGAUUUCCGAGGACCUGGAGCCAGGCACUCUGCUAUCGGUGCAGGAGGAGAAUGGCGUUGUGACCAAGGUGUACGUAACCCCCUGCUUGGAGCCGAGGAUUAAGGAGGCCCUGGUGGAGCGCAAGCCAGAAGUUUUUCCGGAGGCCAACACUAUGCUCUUCCACUGUCCGUUUUGCUGCAAUGGAAUUCGCACGGGCGGGGCCUACAAGGUUCAUCUGGGGGCCUGCGAAAAACGCUUUGCGUGGAUGAUGAAGAAUGGCCCGGUCGUGCCCCAGCUGCAAUGCAGCAUUUGUAAGGGAACCUUCUCCUCGGUGGCAUCGCUGAUCAGCCACAGGCUCCUGCACGGAAGCCCUUCAAUGAAUCGCACCUGCGGAUCCUGCCAUGUAAAGUUCGAGACGGAGCUGGAGUAUCGCACGCAUUUGGAGAGCCAUCUGAAGCCGCGGGAGUCCAAGGAUGAGUCCUACGAAGGGGCGUACACCAUCACCAAGCUCUUCGAUUGCCUCUUCUGUCGCAAGGCGUUCUUGGCCUGCUUUAGGCCUGGCCAAGUGACCCGUCGAUACGCCUGCGACGACUGUGUCCACAGGCUGAAGGCCCAGGAGGCGGAGAAGAAGCUGUGUGUCAAGAGAAAAGCCGAGUUGAGCUGUGAUCGCUGUGGCAGAAAGUACAAAUAUGAGGGUUUCCUAAACCGUCAUUUGAAGACUUGCCAGGUACCGGCGAAAUACAAAAGGAAGCGAGAGCCUGAAAGUGAGGAAGCUAAUUAA